AUGACAAGCAAAACAGAGCUAGUAAUAGGAACCCGGAAUUCCAAACUAGCACUCGUCCAAGCCGAGCGCAUCUCCAAGGCCCUUAGUGAUCUCCACCCCGCCAUCAAAUUCCCAUGGCAAGUGGUCUCGGUCCGAGGCGAUGUCGACAAAACAAGCCCGUUCCUGAAAUUCAGCGGUCCAUCAGACGCAGCGAAGAACAUCUGGACCGAGGAGAUGGAAGCUAAAUUAUGUUCUGGAGAAUUGGACCUGCUGGCGCACUGCCUGAAGGAUAUGCCGACCAAUUUGCCGGAUGGAUGCGUUCUGGGCGCCAUUGUGCACCGUGAAGAUCCAACCGAUGCGCUGGUCGUUAAGAGUGGCCUGGAUUAUAAAAAUUUGGCUGAUUUACCUGCUGGUUCUGUGAUUGGAACUAGUUCGACGCGUCGGAAGGCGCUGCUUAAGUAUAAGUAUCCUCAGUUGAUCGUGGAAGAAUGUCGAGGCAAUCUUGAUACUCGUCUUCGCAAACUGGAUGAUCCAGAAGGUUCCUUCACAGCCAUAAUUGUCGCUACGGCUGGCUUAAACCGAAUCAAUCUAUCGCACCGCAUCACGAAAAGUCUCCCCGCAUCAGAAUUCCCCUACGCUAUCGGCCAGGGCGCACUUGGAAUUGAACUCCGUGCGGGAGAUAAUUCAACACUGGACGUUGUUCGAAAAAUCGAAGAACAGCCCACCCGCUGGAUCUGUCUCGCCGAACGGUCAUUGCUUCGCACUCUGCAGGGUGGUUGCUCGUCGCCGGUUGCUGUGAACAGUGUGAUUGAGAGUCAGAACUCGACAGAAAUUUCCUUGAGACUUGAGGGUAUGAUUAUUCAUCCGCAUGGUUCAAGCCAAGUGUCAUCAACUAUCGUGGCGGUGGUUAAAAGUGAUGAUGAUGCGGUGGCCAUCGGCGCGGACCUUGCGAAGAGAUUGGAGGAGAAUGGAGGACGGGCUUUGUCAGAUGAAAUUAGAGUUCUACAGCAUGGUGUUUAG